AUGGAUUCUAGUAUGGAGGAAAUGAUUAAAUUGCUAGGAUUAGGGAUGGAUGAUGCUCGUGUUUUGGGGAUAUGGGGGAUGGGUGAAAUAGGUAAGACAACUCUUGCAAGUGCGAUUUAUGCCCAUAUCUCUUGCCAAUUUGAAAGUUGCAGCUUCAUUGAAAAUGUUACAGAAGUUUCAGAAAAAGGUGGUCUGAAAACUCUACACGAACAACUCAUUUCCGAAAUCUUAAUGGAGAAAGAUUUGAAAGUUGGAAAUAUUGGUAGUGCCUUAAGUAAGAUAAGGAACAGGGUGUGCCGUAAGAAGGUUCAUAUUGUUCUUGAUGAUGUGGAUGAAUCAACAGAACUUGAAAAAUUGGUAGGAGAGCUUGAUCGGUUUGGUUUUGGAAGUAGAAUCAUUCUAACAACUAGAAAUCAACACACAUUAAUCAUAUAUGGCAUAACACAUAUUUAUAAGGUUGAGGAAUUAGGAGAAGAUGAAACUAUCGAACUAUUCAAAUUGAAAGCUUUCAGGAAACACCGACAAAUGGCAGGCUAUGGAGAACUUGUACAUUGUGCAGUAAAGUCCGCUAAAGGAGUUCCUUUAGCUCCAAAGUCUGAAUCAAUGUUCAUCCAGGAACUUGCGGGGAUACAUUUUAGGAAGUUAAAUCAAACAUAUUCGUGUGUUUCUGAAAACCUAGUUGGAAUGGAUUCUACUAUGAAGGAAAUGAUUAAAUUUCUAAGUUUAGGGAUGGAUGAUGCUCCUGUUGUGGGGAUUUGGGGGAUGGGUGGAAUAGACAAUAAACUGAUGAUGCAUGAUUUGAUACAAGAAUUGGGGUGGAAUUUUGUUCGUCAGGAAUCACCUAAAGAGCCUAGGCAGCGUAGUAGGUAUUGGCUUUAUGAAGAUUCGACACAUGUGCUGGUGAAGAAUAUGGUUGAAAACAUUUCAGUCAACUUUGGAUAUAUGAAAUGUUUAUUAGAGCUUGAUUUAGAUGGGAUUGGUUUGAAAACUCUUAGCAGUCUAAACGUCUCUGGGUGCUCCAAACUUGACAAACUGCCACAAUACAUGGGUGCUCUGGACUGCUUAAAGGAGCUUCAUUUAGAUCAGAUUGCUAUUAGACAACUCCCUUCCUCCAUUGGACUUCUGAAGAAACUUAAAACAUUGUCCUUGGAAGGGUGUAAAGGAGUAGCAUCGUAUUCAUGGAGUUACUCCUUCUUUGCCUUCAAUUUUACAAAAACGGAGAGAAAGUUACACAACUUUGGAACUAGAAGCUUUGUUAGGGUUGGAGUCUUUGGAACGACUACAUCUCAAUGA